UGUCGGUGGGCGGCAUCCUUUGAAGGAUUAGCAAUGGAUUAGGAGGGUAUGUCGGGGGUGGGGCGGCACCCUUUGAUGCGCUCCCGACAAAAUUUUCCUCUUCUUUUACAAGGGGAGGGGUCCGACAAAACCAAAAGGGAGAGGGAAUGCCGCGGUAAAAAUCAAAAGGAUAAGUGGGCGAGGAGGGCCAGACAAAAGAAGAUAGUGUGAGUAAAUCAAAAGGAUGAACAUGGGUAGUAGUUUACUAAUUAUGUAAUUAACUGUAUGAACGAGGGAUCCACUCAAACAAAGGGUGUAAGAGUGUUGCGGCUAAAAUUCUUUGAUCUUUCCGCUUAAAUCCUAUGGGUGUAGGGGGUUUUCGGAAGAUUUCAUUGAUAAUUUGUAUGAUCAAUUAGCACUAUUAAUUUGUUCUUCUCCUCUCCUACUACUCUCUUCUCCUCUCCUACUAAUAUUCCUCUUCCCCUCUCCUUUCCCCCUACUCCUCUGCUCCUCUCCUUUCCUCCCACUUCCACUCCCUAAUCCUCUUCUCUCCUUUCCUCCUCUCCCCUCUCAUUUCCUCCUACAACUCUUCCUCUUCUCCCACUACUACUCCUCUUCCCCUCUCCUACUACUCUUCCUCUUCUCCCACUACUAUUCCUUUUCCCUUCUCCUUUCCUCCUACUACUUCUCCUCUAAUUUCCUCCUACUCCUCUGCUUCUCUCCUUUCCUCUUACUCCUCUCAUUUUCUCCUACUCCUCCUCAAUUACUACUUCUCUUAUCUUUUCCCCUCUCUUUUCCUUUCCUACUACUCCUCUCUUUUUCUCCCCUUCAUACACACGUCAAAUCCUUUUGCAAAACUACAGUAUACAAUUGAUUCAAG